AGAACAUUUGAUGCUCAAUUUCCUUUGUAAAAUUGUUUGUGUAUGCUGUUGUUCUUUUCAGCAACAAGUACGCAAAUAGACGUGGCAUCGUCAUAGCCAAUAGAAUGUCGAAAGAUGGCUGGUAGGCGUGGUGGUGUCUGCCAAUUUUGCCGCGAAAGUUUGGCAUGUUUUUGUGUCUGACAACUCGACUAAAGCAGUUAGAUUUUUAUUCUGUCGUUGGCAGUCGCGAACAUUCAUUAGUUACCGGAAAUGGAAAAAGAAAUGUUUACUAAACUUGCAUCUAAAAUGGGUAUAACCUCUGCAAGAAUUCUACGCCAAGCAGAGGAGUACGUGCGGUUAUCCCUGGUUAAAUGCACAGGACUCGGAAAUACGACGGGUACAAGUAAAGCAGUAAUAUGCCUAGAGCUGGCAGCAACGUCAAUGAAGUUACCCCUGGACAAAGAAUAUGCCGUGAAAUUAUCCGGGUUGAACAAGAAACAGUAUCAAAGCACUCUGAAGGCCAUAGAAUGCAUGCUUGGCCUUGAGUCUCACCUGGGCCUCCGAGACCUUGCUGUUCAGUUUGGGUGCAUGGAUGCAGUCAAAAUAGCAACCCAAAUAUUAGAACGGUAUGAAGCAAGCCUUCCUGCUGCACAGCAGAAAGAUGUGGACCUGUCAAAACCCCUCUUCACUACAGCUGCUUUGAACGCUGCAUGCAAAUGCUUGAAGAUCAAAGUGGACAGGAAGCUGGUAGCAUCAUCUGGUGCUAAAAAGGGAAUCUUUGACAGGCUGUGCACCCAGCUCCAGAAACUGGGACAGGACAUCUGCAAAGAAGCCACUCCACUGAAGAAUCCAGUUAAAAUGGCACAGAAAAGACAGAAAACACUCAUAGAAAGUAUUGAACAAAAAGAGGAAGAGGAAAAUCUGCCAACAUCUCAAAAACAGCUAAAAGAGGUCUCUGAGGAGAGUGCAACACAGGAUUACGAAGAGUGGAAGCAAAGAAUCUUGGAAAAUGCCCUUAAAGCCAAACAAGCCAAUGCAUAAGUCCAUUUGAAAUGCAGUGCUGUUUAUUUAUUAAGAAAGAGAGAUGGUCAGCUCAGCCAUGACAAAAAGGGGAAAGUUCUCACGAGCUUGGGCACGUGAAAAUACUGUAUACAGUCCUGAGUAGUGAGGUUGGAGCACUAGUAUUCUUUGCAUGUGAAUUCUAAUACAAGUACAAGUCUGCUAAUGAAGCAAAUAGGAGCUCCAUGUCUAAGUUACUUCAGAUUUUUGGAGAAGGUUACCUGAAAAGGGUGUUUUUAUUAUUUUAUUUUUUAAUGGUUUGUUUCAACCAUGGUUAUUUUCUGUGAUAAGCCUUACCCUUGUAAGCAGGCAUGAUUUUUUUGUAUUCCGUACAGUACAUUGACUUGUCUGCCACUUAGUGGCCGUGUAUGAGACCUACUGUAAGAAUUAUGCUAUGCUGUUGCUGGUCAAUGUGUUGGAUUUGUACAGUUAAGAUUAACAUUCUGUGGUGUUUUAAAACGGCUAAUUACAAUUUCCCUCAUUUUAUAAAAUCACAAUUUAUGGUGGAUGAUAGACAGUCUUAACAUUUGGCAGCUGGCAUUAUCAACUGUUUUUAUGAAGACUGACCUUGGACAGACAAUAUUGAGUACCACAGUAUGAGUCGGAAAUGGUUCCAAUCGUUUAUUCACCAUUAAUUUUUCCAUCGGGGAUUUUAGAACUACUUCAUAUAAGGUCUGUGUUUCUUGUAGGCUUACCCUGGUGUGACGUUUUGAUAACCACACAAAUCUCUCUAAGACAAGGUAACUUUGAUCAAUAAUAAGCAUUAUGAAUUUGUGAGUAAAUUGAGGCGAAUAUAUUGAUAACUCACCUUGUACGAGAGAAUUACAUGGCUAUCAAAACAUCAUGCCAAGGUAAGCCUACACCAAACACAAUUAAUUAGAUUUUUUGUAAAAUUCACCAUGUUAAAAAUGAAUGGCAGAAACUAUUGGAACCGUUUCUGUGUUUGUAUAGGUUUUAUGACGCUUCCACUGUGCCAGACUAUUGACAAUGGUAAAAGACAGUUUCCUUUUGCAGCUUCUCUUAUUUUAAUAAAUUAACAUUUAUAGUCAUAUUGAGUUAUUCUUGCUGAGUUCAAGUGGAGGUGGGGACACUGUCAUAAAAUAAUGCUAUAUGGGAACACCGUACAGUCAGUUGGGAUGUGUAGCAUGCAAACAAGUGGCACAUUCAAAGCCUUCAUAGAAGGAAAGAUUGACAAGACAAGGUCAUCUGUGUGAUUGUGAAGAUUCACUUACCAUAUUAAAUAAACCAAAAAAGAAAGCCUU